AUGGGUGUCAGUGGUGGAUACAAGCACCCUAGUGGCCUCUCCUUCAUUAAAAUAGAGGGUCGCAUGUACCAUCGUAUCUUUAGCCUACAAGCGCCGGGACAGAGGUUCAGUUAUGGCAAUAGCCAACAAUAUAUAAACCACUGCCGAUUGUACCUGGAUGAUGGCGCGGAACGCCUGGCUCUCACUGAAAACCGCAAGCUUAAUCCUGCAAUCAUCACUGGUGUGAAGGAAUAUCUUCAAGAAGUCAAUCCAUUUAUUCCACAGUUCCGCCUUCUUGGCCAAGAACAAUCUCUCAAUGCGCGCCUUGAAUUCGAACUCACCAACCGGUCAACUCACGGCCCAGCUUUAGGAGACAGAAAUAGGGGCAUGGAGGUGCAUGCAAUUCUUAACACAGACGAAGCGGCUGCGGGUGGGCCCCGCAUGCUGACUGUUUGGAAAAGGGCAGAUCGGGCUCCAUCCUACGUUGACCUUUUCAGCCCGUUGUUGGAGCCACUUCAAUACCCGUUGCUUUUCCCCCACGGGACCCUUGGCUGGCACAUAAACAAACUAGAUAACAUGGGCCAGAAACUUUCACAGUACAGAUACACGAGAUGUCUUAUUCUCUCCCAACCUCGAUUUUUCGAGCUAGGUCGUCUCUCUCAGUCAUGGAUGGUUGAGAUGUUUGCAAGAUUUGAGGAAGAGCGUCUCCGAUAUGUCACACGGUGUCAGAAGGGACAAGGAGGAAACCAGGGCGGAACAAGGGUAGCUCCUUUAUCUGAGUUGGAGCAGCAACUGAACCCUCGACAGGUGGCUAAUGACAUAGCCGCUGAUGAAACAAUCGCUGGGGAAGGUGGAGUGACUGCAGGAAAAAUUUAUUUGCCAGCAUCUUUUACGGGCUCGCCACGUUACAUGCGGACACAGUACCACAACUCUAUGGGGUUGGUAGCCCGCAAAGGAAAGCCAACAUUUUUUCUUACCUUCACAGCUUGCGGCCAGUGGGACGAGCUGAAACAGUCUUUGCGGCACGGAAAUCUGUGUGAUCCAGCCACCUGCUGCCGGAUUUUUCACAUUAAACUCCAAGAUCUGUUGAGGGACAUAAGAAGCGGUGCCCUCUUUGGUCCAGUCGCCUACGUCGUUUAUGUAAUUGAGACUCAAAUGAGAGGUCUUCCUCAUGCUCACAUUGCAAUAAAGGUGGAGGAUGGGGGUCCGAUCCAAUCAGCUGAUAUCGACAGAGUUAUAAGAGCAGACGUUCCUGGGCCAGAGGAAGCUGGUGGACGUUUGCGUGAGUUGGUGCUUCGGCAUAUGAUUCAUGGACCAUGUGGCACUAACUAUCGUACCGAUUUUCCAUGUUGGGACAGCCAGAAAUCUCAGUGUUCGAAGUUCUUUCCAAAAUCAGAAACUGAAACAACUCACAUUGAUGAGAAAGGGUUUGUUCACUACCGCAGAAAUUACAAUAACAAGGUACCAAUGAAAGUCAGGAACAGGGAAAUACUUGUACACGAUGGUUGGGUUGUCCCAUACAACCCGUACCUCUUAUUAAGAUACCAAGCUCACAUAAACCUGGAAAUUUCAAGCAGUCGCAAGGUCAUAAAGUAUCUGUUCAAGUACCUGGCAAAAGGCUCUUCGCUUCAAAAUGUGAGAGUCCUGCCGCUUCAUGAACAGCAGGACGAACCAGAGGAAUAUGCAACACGCAGGAUGAUAGGAGCAAGCGAUGCCUGUUGGCGCUUUUUGGAUUUUGACCUCACCGUGUGUGAACCAACAGUGGAAAUGCUUCCCGUGCAUUUAGAAGGUGAGCAAUCCGUCAUGUUUCGACCAGGCAAUGAGGCCGAGGCAGUCAAUGCAUCUACGAGCAAACUGUUGCUCUAUAUGCAAAGACCGGCAGACCCUGUUUUUGAUGACCUUACCUAUCAGUCAUUCUACGAAAAUUUUAUCGUCCACACAAAGCGCCCGGCCGCAUCAAAAGUACAAGUAUACGAUCAUGGGGAUGGAAAACAUUUCAUAACUCGCAGGCAGAUAAAAGAAAAGGUAACAAGAUUGUUCUGGGUUACACCAAACAAGGGGGAGCUGUAUUAUCUACGGGUGCUACUUGCAACAAUGCCCUGCCGUGGUUUCGAUGAUCUAAAAUUCAGGGGAGGGCCCCAUUGUCGAACUUUUCAAGAGGCUGCAAAGGAGCUUGGGCUCGUGGACAAUGAGAGGGAACACAGAGACUGCUUAGAUGAGGCUUCCCAGUUCAUGACUGGGCCGGCGCUCCGAUCUUUCUUCGUCCUUUUGUGCAAUGUUGGAGCCCCAGGUGCUUUGCUUUGGGACCAGUUUAGAGACAAAAUCUGUGAAGACUUUAUUGAGAGGCAUCCUGACGACUAUGAAAAGGCUUACAAAUUAGGACUUAUACAAAUAGACAGAUGUCUCAGACGCAAUGGCUUUAAACUUACCGACCACGGUCUGCCGGACGUGCAGGAUGAUACAACUGAGCUCGGCCGAGAACUGCUAAACUACAGUGCAGAGAAUCAGCAGAGGUUUGUUGAUGAAUGGCUGCCUCAGCUAGACCCUGAACAGCGAGCUCUGUUUGAAUACAUUAAACUCUUGUCAGAACAGCAAGCAUCAACUCCAAACAACCCCAGAUCCAUAUUUCUUUCUGCACCGGGGGGUUAUGGAAAAACAGCCGUGCUCAAGGUAAUAACAUCUUAUCUUAGGGCACGGGGCAAAGUAGUGUUGUGCGUUGCAUCUUCAGGUAUUGCUGCUCUGAAUAUGGACGGUGGAACGACGGCACAUAACAUGUUCCGGCUUCCCCUUGAUCUAAAAGACGGGACGGCCACAUGGAACCUUACCAACGGCAGCCAGAGGGCGGAACUGAUCAGAGCGUCAUCGCUUAUAAUGUUUGACGAGGCACCUAUGAUGCACAAACACAUUUUAGAACUGCUUGACCGAUCGCUUAAAGAUCUCAUGGGAAAUGACCACCCCUUUGGCGGCAAAAUUUUGUUGUGUUCAGGGGAUUUUAGGCAAACACCACCUGUGGUUGAAUCAGCCCGAACGCCAAAUGACGUGAUCGAUGCAUCUAUCAAGAGUUCUUGUCUGUGGGGCCGUAUGAAAAUAUUUUCUUUAAAAACGCCUCAACGGACACGCAAUGAUCCUGACUAUUCAAAGUUUCUGUUAGAUAUCGGUAAUGGCACCGCACCAGAAGUCCCCUUUACAACUGCUAAUGACAAACGAGAAGAUCUUGUUGCUUUACCUGGCAUUGGUUCUGUCACAGACUCAAAAGCACUAAUUGACAUGAUAUAUCCAGAGCACAUUUUGUCCCAACCCGAUGAGUGUGCCAAAAGGGCUAUUUUGGCACCACUCAAUGUUAAUGUAUCCGAAAUAAACAACAUUGUUUUGGACAUGCUUAUUGGACCGAUACACGAAAUGCUGAGUUACGACUCAACUGAAAAGGAAACUGAUGACCCUCUCGAAGCUGACGUGGAUCUUUUAAACCAAGCUUCUGCAAAAGGAGUCCCACCACACAAGCUAAGGCUGAAAGUUGGAGCUGUCUGCCUUAUAACGAGGAACCUCAACGUUGACCAGGGGCUUGUAAAUGGUACGAAGGUAAUAGUUCAGUCUAUCAGCCCUAAUCUUGUCAGAGUCCGGAAGGCUACCUCCAGUGAAUCGUUUGGCAUUCCACGCAUUACCUUUAAGUUCCCUAUGUUGCCUGGAUCACCUCUCACGGUGGUGAGGCGUCAGUUUCCCUUGCAGUUGGCGUAUGGAAUGAGUGUUCAUAAAAGCCAGGGGCAGACCAUCGACUUAGUUGGAGUAGACUUACGGACAGAAUGCUUCACUCACGGACAACUCUAUGUAGCUCUGAGUAGAGUUCGCUCUAGGGAAAAUAUCAAGCUAUUGGUCCCUCCAGCCAGAGUGCUCCACGGUACAGUGCAUACUAAGAAUGUGGUGUACCGCGACCUUCUUAAUUAG